AUGCCUCCAUCAAUAGACCGCAGCAAGGUGAUAAUUCGCCCAAUUUCACCCAACAAAGCUGAACAAAUGUGGGUCUGGGAGAUGGUUAUUCGUAAUUUAACAAAUUAUGUCAUACCAGGAUUGGUAAAGAGAACCCUGGCGCAGCUGCCAGCCGCCGCGAUUGCCGCCCCUGUCCUAGCUUUUCUGUGGUACGUCACGGGAAAUGCUAUUUUCUCCGUACUGGCAACUGUAAUCUUCUGGGUAGUAAUUAGUGUGGCCAACUGCUACAUGGGAAUGUGGGGAUGGGAGGCAUGCUUUCAAGAGGAAAAGGCGAACCUGUACGAAUACUACAACAGGCCCAAGUCAAGGUUUUGGGUGGCCGAGCACGAAGGGAGAAUACUGGGAUCUGUGGCCAUUGACAGGAAAACUGACCACGUUGCUGAACUUAAAAGAAUGGUCCUAGAACCGGAUUUUAGAGGGUCUGGAAUAGCCAGCGAUUUGGUUAAAACCGCCGUGGAGUUUUGCAAGGAGAAUGGUUACAAGGAGCUUUUCCUGUCGACAACUGAAUUCCAGCAUAGCGCACGCGCCCUUUACACCAAAUGUGGUUUCAAAGAAACUGAUAUUAUCAAAGAUCCUGGAGAUUUUUAUCUUACAACAUUAUAUGUCCAUAUUUUUAGAAUGACCUUGACCGAGGAGAAGAUAAAACCAUUUGCACAUGUUUUUUCUUGGCAUAAGCCCAAUUAG